UGCUGCCUACGCAAAGCUGCCAAGUUUAAUGGGCCCCUAAGGUAUAUACGGUGGACCGAGACUCCCACCUGCGGCGGUUGCUGGGCCUGCCAGAAGUGUAGAACCGGGAGACUCAGCCCUCCCGGGGGCGCUGGCCUCGGUGCGGAGGCCGCAGGCGGCGUCGCCAUUCGGCGGAUCCGCAGACGGACCGACCUCCGCGGACCCGUAACAACCCGGCCGGCGCAUUUGCGGCUGCGCCCUUGCCCUCGUGCGCCUUCAUCCGGUGGCCCCCGCCGAGGGCCCGCGCACGCACCGCCGCUUUGGCCUACGCCGAGCGGGACCCGCCGCGCCGCGCGUCACCAUGGAGCCCAGGCCGCCCGGCGGCCCCGCACCCGCGGAGCCGGGGCCUCGCGUGCUCGGCUUGUGCGGCGCAGACCCAACGGCCUCGGCUUCCUCUUCGAGCGGGGUCGGGGCGGAGGCCGAGGCCGGGCGCCGCGCUCCGGCUGUGGCGGCCGUGCUGCCGGCGGGAGGGUGCGGGGAGAGGAUGGGCGUCCCCACCCCGAAGCAGUUCUGCCCCAUCCUGGAGAGGCCCCUCAUCAGCCACACCCUGCAGGCCCUGGAGAGAGCAUUUUGGAUAAAGGACAUCAUUGUGGCAGUAACUGGAGAGAACAUGGAAACAAUGAAGGCUAUUAUUCAGAGGUAUCAGCACAAACGCGUCUCGCUGGUGGAAGCUGGAGUGACCCGCCACAGGUCAAUUUUCAGUGGACUGAAAGCACUGGCAGAAGAUCAGCCUGACUCUAAGCUCUCUAAGCCAGAAGUAGUGAUUAUUCACGAUGCUGUGAGACCAUUUGUUGAGGAAGACAUUCUCCUUAAAGUCGCCACAGCUGCUAAGGAACAUGGGGCAGCAGGAGCAAUUCGACCCCUCGUGUCUACUGUAAUCAGUCCUUCCACUGAUGGUUGUUUAGACCACUCACUAGAUCGUGCCAGACACAGAGCAAGUGAGAUGCCACAGGCUUUUCUAUUUGAUGUGAUUUAUGAUGCGUACCAGCAGUGUAGUGACUAUGACUUGGAUUUUGGAACUGAAUGUUUGCAAUUGGCUCUAAAAUACUGUCACAUUAAAGCCAAACUUGUGGAAGGAUCGCCUGACCUCUGGAAGGUGACCUACAAACGAGAUCUGUAUGCAGCUGAAUCGAUUAUUAAGGAAAGAGUUUCACAACAGAUUUGCUUAGUUAUGAACACAAAAGAAGAUGAAGAACAUGUAGGCUAUCGUCUUGAAGAAAUGUUAAAAAAUGAACUGAAUCACAUCAAAGUCACCUCUGGAGCUCUGCGUCAUGAUGGCACUGAUCUUCAGCAGAUCAUCCUAGAGCAAUGCUACAAUUUUGUUUGUGUGAAUGUUGUGACUUCUGAUUUUAAAGAAACUCAGAAAUUACUGAAUGUACUUGAAGUCCAUAAUCUCUCCAUCUUAUAUCCUAUUGUUGUUAUUUCAGUACAUUUUCUUGAUUAUAAAUUACUACCUUUUGGUCAGAAAAUGGAAAACCUAAUGCAGAUUAGGGAAUUUGCAAAAGAAGUGAAAAAAAGAAAUAUUUUAUUAUGUGGCCUUCUCAUAUAUUACCCACAGGAUGAUCAGAAGCUACAGGAAAGUUUGAGGCAAGGUGCCACUAUUAUUGCUGCCUUAAUCAAAGAAAGAAAUCCUGGUCUCAUUGGUCAGCUACUGGUAGCAUGAAGAACACAGAAAAACUACCUAUUGGGCUUUCAAAAAUGUUUACCUAAGUAUCUCUUUAGUGCUUCCCACCCUAUUGUAUGUAGUAGAAUGUGUGUCUUUUAUGUCUCAUAAUUUGUAGGAUGAGAUUCUUGGAUUAUAAAAGUGGAUCAAUGUUUAUAUAUGUGAAAUAAAACAUUUACUUUUCUGCAUGUCAAAUAUAAAUUACCAGAACAGAAGAGAAUAGGUAAGUGGAAAAUAAUAGCCUUUACGUACUCUUCACAAAGGCUUAGAAGAUCAUAUAGAAAUAAUGAUGGGUGAGUUAACCCUCGAAGGAUGAGAAUUUAGAAAACCAACUAUUAUCUCUGUGUUAAUUAAUGAAUCAUACUAUAAUGAAACUACUAGGUAAGUCUCAGAAUUAUUCUUAAUUCUAAAGUUAUCCUAUCACCAUGUGAUACUUGACUUAUAUUCUAAUACUUGAUACCUUAAAAAGUGGAUAGGUAGAUAACAGGGAACUCUGGCUCAAAUAUCUUCACCAUUGGCAUUACAUUACUUUAGAUCCAUAAAAGAGAUGUCAUCUCCUCCUGCCUUUCUACUGUUGUAAAAUACUAUGUUUUCCUUGGUUUAUGAAAUAUAAUUUUGACUUAUUUUAAAAGGUCUCUGAUUUUGCUGAACAAAUUUAAAAGAAGACUGUAUAGCUUCAUAAAACUGAAGUUAUUUUGGUCAAUCCUGAAUUGUCUUCUAAAAGGCAGGGAGUGAUUGUACUUCCAAGAAUUAAAUAAAUUAUUCUCCCAAUAUAGAUACUGCAAUCUUUUUAAUUCAGUUCUUAUUCUUUCAAAUUUCCACUGGCAUGUACAUCUUAGAUAUUGAUGGUUUUCCCUUACAUUGCAUUUUACAAUUAUGUACAUCCAGUUAUUAGAGAUGCCUUUUAUUCUAUAUUUAAUUCACUUUUUAAAAACACCAUAGAUCAGAUUAUUCCAGGUCUGAGGCUGCAUGUGGCAACUAUGAAAGUUGCAUGAGAUGUUUCAAGUUAAAGACAGACUAUGAAAUUACUAGCUUGUGGAAUUUCUUAACAUGAUGUAUAGUAUUCCCUAUGUUUCUCAAGUAUCUAUAUUAGUAGGAGAGUUUAUAUUUCACCUUAAAGUAAUAGUGAGUAGAAUAUAAUGGAUAUGGGGUCAUUAUUAAAAUUUGUUCUCCUAAAUGGAAUGUAUUGUUUCAAUGUAGCCUAGCCUAGCCUGAACUUGAGAACUAAAUGCUAUUUCAGCCGCCCAGGCUCUGGUACUUUGCAGCAGCUUGAGCUAAAAUACUGACCGAGAAAUCAAGGGCAACAUUGGCUAGUGAGAAGAUGCCCCAACGUGUGCCCAGACAGGGUAACUAAGAGGAGCACGCACUACCACCACGCGGUGAGGUCGUGAUCCUGAGACCACAAAGAGAGGACGUCCUACAAAACCCCAGAGCAGCUCGCUCCACAGUCACGGUCACGGACACGGGAGAGAAGAGGAGGGCCCAGCCUUGUCAUAGACUGAAUAACACAGAGGGACAGACCUGAGUCCGGGGCAGAAAAAGGACAUGAGUGGGAACGGUGAAAGGUGAGGCAAGCCUGCAGUGAAAAGUGCUGAAACCGCGAACAAGUAUGAGGUUUGAGAAAUAUGCUGUGGCCAGGCCCAGAAGCACCUGGGGUGGGAAUUCUCUCACUGUUACCAGCUCUUCCGCAAGUCUAAAAUUAUCUCAGAAUAAUGAAGUUUCAAAAAAUCAAAAAAUAAAUUACUAAUUAUCA